UCACGCUGCAGGCGGCGGGAGGGCUUGCUGUCUUUCCGGCAGCUCCAUUUCCCAUGAGUAAUGAUUGAUGAGAGCUGGAUGCAUGAGGCCUCUCACCUGGCGCUCCAGCAGACAGAAGCCCAGCCCUCCAGGUGCGUGUCUCAUGUCUAAAAUCCUAACAGCUCAGGCUGUCUCAGGACAACAGCAGCCAAGCCUUACUGGGGACUUUACAUGGGCCCGAUUGGGGGCUUUACGGUCUUACUCUGGAUGACGACCCUGUGAAAUGGAUGCUGUCACUAACUCCAUCACAGCCGUGGGCUGGAGAACUCAGAGCUGGGAUUUGAACCCGGGCUGACUCCAGAGCCAGCUCAGCAUCCUGGCAGGCUUCUGUUCAUCUUCUAGGACAGCUGUGUAGCAUGAGGUAGAGACCUCUUGAAACGGGAGAAGUUCUCUUGUCCCGCCCCCACAGGGUGUGUGAUGGGGGUGUGGCCCGCUUCUUCCAUGCCCCACUGCUGAGACCUCUAGGGGAGCGUACAGACGGGCAGGCCCUACAACCCCACGGAAGUGUCUGCGGGGGGUGAAUGUUCACAGUGGCAGCCCCAGUGGGCGUGUGUUACAGGGCACUCUUUUCAGUUCAGGCUGUAGGAAGCUGGUGUUCAUCAGCUCAGUUACACCCUCUGCCUUAUCACAGGACAGAGGGCUUCUGUAUCCCCAGUUCUUGCCUUGGUGUACUAGAAAAUUCAGAUCGCACAUGGGCUUGGAGGAUGGGUGCAAGGUUUUUUACUGAGUGGUGGUAGCUCUCAGCAGAAGGCGGAGCCAGCAGGGGGAUGGAAUGGGAAGGUGGUUUACCGGAGCUGGGCCACCCAGCGGCCAGAGGCUCGUCCGACCGCCCCCACCAAACUCCACAUCAUUCCACCAGUCGAUGGCCUGCUGGCGUCUACUGUGUCUUCCGGUGCAUUCUGCCCGUGUGUUCCUCUCGACAUCCAGCCGCUUGUGUCUCUGCCAUGCAUUGGAACCUGCUUUUGAGAUUUCACCUCUGUCCGCUGAUGAAGAGAAAAAGCUCAAAUACACUGGCCGCAAGAGUCAGAGUACCACCACUCUCCUGGCACAAAGAUCGUCAUCUAACAAUUUAGCUCCUCCGAAGGCUAUGCACCCAUCUUCCCGAAGUCCACAAAACUCGAGUGGCAGAAAAUCACCAGUGCAGGCUUCCCAGGCCGCCACGCUGCAGGAGCAGAUGGCAGCAGUCGGAGGAGAUGACGGAAGCUCUUCAGUCUCAGAGAGUUCUGAAGGCGGAUUUCUCAGCCACGUUCAACCUGAUGAGCUCGCCGGUUCUUCUGCAAACACUGCACAGCUGCAGGUAGGACGGGCACCGAGCAAAGCUUGUGCCGUCACCACCUUCCCCGACCCGAGCCAGAAGGAGCCGAGCGCUGGUAAGAAGACGACCAUCAUCCGUUUUCCUAACGGUGACGUGAAGAAGAUCACACCCGAUCGGAGAGUGAUUUACUUCAAUGCAAAUGCUCAGACGACCCGCACGACCUACCCUGAUGGCUUGGAAGUUGUGCAGUUUCCCAACAAGCAGACAGAAAAAUUCUACCCUGAUGGCUCCAGAGAAAUUGUGUUUCCCGAUGGGACGGUGGAACGCUUCCAGGAUGGAUGGGAAGAGACCUUGUUUCCUGACGGGACGAUCGUAAGGGUGGAAAGCCCUGCCAUCCCUCUCACGGUCAGAUCCAGCUGCCAGCACAGCCUUCAGCCUGCAGGAAUGGAGACAAAACCAUCGUGCUCAGCAAUGGGCAGAAAGAAAUCCACACGGCCCAGUUCAAGAGGAGGGAGUACCCGGAUGGCACCGUCAAGACUGUGUAUAGCAGCGGCCAUCAGGAAACCAAGUACGCGUCCGGGAGGGUUAAGAUCAAGGAUGCAGCUGGAAAGAUGGUCCUCGACAGGAAGUAGAUCAGCCCUCAGCACGCAGCAUCACACAGGAAAUGCCGACCACAGUUUCUUCCUCAAACAGACAAAACUGAUACCGGUCAGCUGCCCCAGACGCCCAAACGAUCUUGGAGAGCAAGCAGGACUUUAGGACUACCCAAGCCAUCCAGAAACUGCGAGGGAAAAGGCGUUCUCUCCCGUAUUUAGGAAACGUGGUUACAGCGGCGUCCGUCAGAGAACAGGAGGUCACAAAAGAACGACUUCAGUGCCAGGGACUGUUUUCACCUUAAAUGAUACUGUGCAAGCGUCACUGCAGUCCUCAAUAUUUCGGUAAUGCGAUUUUGAGUAACUCGAGUACAGUGAGCUACCUUGGCUGUGAAGGAAAAACAGGAAUUCUACUACGAUGACAGUGGACGGAGGCCUUUCUCUUCAGAUGAAUGCCAAACCAAUACAAGGUCGUUUGUCAGGCAGAACCGGCAAAACAAAUCCAUAUGAAAGAGCCACUUUGGCUUUGGCUGAAGAAAUGGACCUGCCGAUUGCUUUGCUUAUUUUGAAUCAGCUUAUACUGAGAACCGUCACUGAAGCAAACAGAAUGACACACUCCUGUACCGACGAAAUGCACUUCUCAUACCUCGUGGGAGAUCGGGGAAGAAACAAACGCGCAAUCUGAUCAGGAAGCCAUGCUCAGGCAUCAGAUCACCUGCCUGCCUGGGAGUCUCCAUUAAAUGUAUUCUGCAGCACACGCUCCAGGGGUGAUGGGUGUCGAGUCUGUCAUCCAAAUAAGAUGAAUUCCAUGUGCGCAUUCAGCUGGAAGCCCUUUGUGGAAUACACGUUCUGCAGCAUUAGAAGUCAGUACAAGCUUAUUAAAACAUCAUUUCCUACUGAUUUGCAAAAAGCCAGAAUUUACUUUUCGUUCUUAACAAUCUCCUGAAGGCUUCUCAUUAGAUGUACAAUCUGAUUAGAUUUCUUACAUUAAGUUUGAGGAGGGGUCUCUAUCAGCCUAUUUGCAGGCACAUUCAUAUGCAAAUUGUACACAAGCAUAUUUACUUGGUGGAAAAGGUAGCAUUAAGACAAUCACAGAAAAACGACCAAGUAUAAUGGGCUGGAAGGUGGGGUGAGUCACUGUCUACUGUCACCUUGGAGAAAACCCUCUGCUGACCCCCACUUCCUUUUCUGGAAGUGACAUUUCAUCCCCUGCAGGGCUCAGGGAUGCUGUGGGGAUGGAGGAGAAGGCACCAGCCAGAGUCAUCCCAUCCGUUCCAUCCGGGUGCUGCUCCUGAAGGGUGCCUUGGAGCGAGCCCUCCACCCUCUCCCGAUUGGAGUCCUGCAUGGCUCCAUGUGUUCCUAAGGAGCACAGGUCCCUCUCACAGCACGGCCCCCAAGUUUCAUGGGCAUUAGGCCCAGUCUGCCCCUCCCACCUCUUCUCUCCCACCCCCCAAGACCCAUAUCAUGCAGAAGGCCCUCCUUUAGGUCAACCUGGCUUCCUCUGACUCAUCAUUCCUUCUGCAAACCUUCCUGGGCUCACCCCACCCCACCCCCAGGCUAAGGCCCCCAAGUGCUCCCUGAUCCCCACACCCCUCAGGUCCUCCUCACACUGUUUCCCAAUGACCUGGGGACCUGUUCGUCCCAACCUCGACAGCACGUUGAGGAUGCAGCUCAGUCACCUUCACCUUCGCUCCCCAGCAUCUAGAGAGGAGAGUGGAGCUUCAGAGGCUGAGGGGUACACGAAGAGGUGAGAACAUGGAGGGGAGCCUCGUGAACUCUGAUUAUUGGUGUUAAAGUGAAAGGGGUUUUGGUCUGACUCCCAAAAACGAGGGCUCUCUUCAAUGUUCAGAUGAUCAAGUUCACCUUUGAAAUGACCUUUUCUUGAACAUUUAAAGAUAGAUUCUAAUUAGAUUAAAUUUCCUUACAUCAUUAGUACUGCAAUUAUAGGUUGAGCAUGGCGGAUUCCUUUGAACAAACACCUUACACAAGAGACACAAGCAACAGUUAAGAUUAUCGCCUCCUUUGUCCAAACCUCCACCUUGAACCUGUUCCUCAGCGUGAGCCAUUUCUUCCUUAGUCUGCAUUUUCCAUCCUUUCCUGGAAUCUUUACUGUAAUUUUAUUUUGUGGUCGUUUUUACUUCUUCCCUGCUUUAGAGAAAACAGCAGAAAGCCUGCGGUUAGUCUUGCCGUGGGUGUGGGUGUGACAGCGGGAUGGUGCUACUCCCUGGUCAUUCCUCCUCCGGCAUCUUACACUCAAGUCACUGGACAUCGGACUCCACCUUUCACGGUUGUAUACACGUGCGACAUUAGCGUUCCUGCGUUUGAAUGAACGCUUUCACAACAGUUUGAGUAUUUUACAACCUGGGAUCAGGCCACCUCAUGACUUCCAUUGCCUUUGUGAGAUCUUCUUUUCCAUUAAAAAAUCGAAGCAUUUAAGUUUUUUAACUGCAUUUGUAUAAAAGUGGGUAUAUCAGUUGUGCAUGUUAAAACAUUUUCUUUUAGUACAUUUUUUUCUUCUCAUUUUUAAGAGAGAUUACAACAUUUUCGUGUGCUCCUAAAAGUAUCCUAAGCCCUCAUGUGCCUGAUGGAGACGGUGGCCCUGCCUGGCGUCUCGCCUUGCAGAUUUGAGUCUCCCCUGCCUGGAGUGCUGUCAUGCAUGGUCCUGCUCCCUGAGAUGUCAGCGGAGCCAUGGUGGCUGUUGCAAACACGGGUAUUCUUCACCUCCCACAUGGGCAGUGCCGCCCCAGAGAAGGUUCAUCCUGGAAAGGCAGGCUGGGACUGUGGGGCAGCUCUCUGGGCUCACGUUUGGGGGUCCUCAGGGGUCCUCGGUUGUCUCUGCCAUCAGGGUGGGCUUUAUUUUCUGCUCUUGGCUCAAUGCCCACUUUUCCCAGCCUCCUUGGAUUUCUUGUGGUUUCCCAGGUUUCUUAUCUGCAUCUGCAGAUAGACACAGUUUAUAUC